AUGCCAGGCGCUACACCUUCAACAAAUGAACGCCAAAACAAAGCAGGUAGACACUUGGCAAGAUACUCAAAACUAAAACAGAAAAAUUACAUCCUACACAUUAAAGACAAUGAUAAAAUUCACCGAUCCACACAAUCCAUUACUAACACAUUUAGGAAAUAUUUUCAAGAUCUAUAUAACUUACAUUCUAAAUUGGAUCACAGAUCAUACCCACAAGAAACUAAAGUGAAUAACAUAAAUGUAUACCUAGCAUCCCUCAACCUACCACAUCUCACCACUAACAAACAAUCUCAACUAGAAGACCCUAUAACACCAGAAGAAAUCCAAUUAGUGAUUAAGGAUCUCCCAGCAGGUAAGUCACCUGGCCCUGAUGGCUUCAGUAACCGAUAUUAUAAGAUAUUUCAGGAAGAUCUAAUUCCCCAUAUCACCAAAUACUUUAACCAUAUUGACGAAGCAAAACUGUUUUCUCAUAGAUCCCUCGAAGCCCACAUCAUUCUUCUCCCUAAACCCAAAAAAUCUUUAGACCCCCCAUCACACUACCAUCCUAUUUCAUUAAUAAACUCAGACGUAAAAAUUUACGCAAAAAUACUAUCCAACAGAUUAAAUCUUGUACUCCUGGAUCUGAUUAAUCGGGACCAGGUGGGAUUUGUCCCCACGAGGGAGGCAAAGGAAAACGCGGUCAGGGCCCUUUAUUUAAUCCAAGAUAAAGAGAUCCCUGGAAUUAAACUAUCAAUAGACGCAGAAAAGGCCUUUGACCAUGUUGGCUGGGACUUUCUAAAAGCCACUUUACAUUCCAUGGGUCUUGAGCCCAAGAUACUUACUAGAAUAUUUUCUCUGUACUCCCACCCUAAUGCAAAAUUGUUUAUCAAUGAGUGUGGAAAUAGUUUUGCACAAAAGAGUGAUCUGAAAAAUCAUGAAAGGAUUCACACAGGAGAAAAACCUUUCACAUGUACAGAGUGUGGAAAAAGUUUUACUGAAAAGCGUGAUCUGAAAAAGCAUGAAAGGAUUCACACAGGAGAAAUGCCUUUCACAUGUACAGAGUGUGGAAAAAGUUUUACAUAUAUGAGUAAUUUGAAAACUCAUGAAAGGAGUCACACAGGAGAAAAGCCUUUCACAUGUACAGAGUGUGGAAAAAGUUUUAGAUAUAUGAGUAAUUUGAAAACUCAUGAAAGGAGUCACACAGGAGAAAAGCCUUUCACAUGUACAGAGUGUGGAAAAAGUUUUACAUAUAUGCGUAAUUUGAAAACUCAUGAAAGGAGUCACACAGGAGAAAAGCCUUUCACAUGUACAGAGUGUGGAAACAGUUUUACACAAAAGAGUGAUCUGAAAUCUCAUGAAAGGAUUCACACAGGAGAAAAGCCUUUCACAUGUACAGAGUGUGGAAAAAGUUUUAUAUAUAUGAGUAAUCUGAAAACUCAUGAAAGGAGUCACACAGGAGAAAAGAUGUUCACAUGUACAGAGUGUGGAAAAUGUUUUAAACAAAUAACUAGUCUGAAAUAUCAUGAAAUGAUUCACACAGGAGAAAAGCCUUUCACAUGUACAAAGUGUGGGAAAAGUUUUACACGAAUGGAUCUUCUGAAAUCUCAUGAAAGGAGUCACACAGGAGAAAAGCCGUUCACAUGUACAGAGUGUGGAAAAUGUUUUAAACAAAUAAGUAGUCUGAAAUAUCAUGAAAUGAUUCACACAGGAGAAAAGCCUUUCACAUGUACAGAGUGUGGAAAAUGUUUUAGAUAUAAGGGUAAACUGAGAAAACAUGAAAGUAUUCACAAGGGAAAAAACCUUUCACAUGUUUAGAAA